AUGCAGUGGAGAUGGCUUGUGCUCUGGCUCGAAAUGGCAGUGGCGGCAUUGCUCGGCGACGCCGACGUGGAGGCACUCGGGCGGGCAACGCAUCUGUUGAUAUAUUUUUUCUCGGACUCGUGCCAGUAUUGCCGCCAGUUUGACCCCACCUGGCACUAUCUCACUGAGGUCAUCCCGUCGCUGCCUCAGCUCCAAUUGGUCGAAGUCGACGGCCCCCAUAACCCGAAGCUCGCCCAGUUGUUUCUGGUGUCAGGAUGGCCGACGCUUAAGCUUUUGAACUACGAGACUAAACGCAUUACCCAUAUCGCCAGCCGCGACUUGGGCGCGUUAGUGGCGUUAGUUGCUGCCGAGACUGGGGUUGACGCCGACUUUAGUCGCUACCGCUCGCCGGUCCACAAAGUUGCCGCCCCGGUUGACGUCACCGCCCCCUCCGCCAACGACUCCUACCUCGUGGUUACUGCUCCCUGGUGCGACGGCUGGCAAAACUACCACUACCCCACCCACUUUAUCCAGACGGCAGCGCAGAGCAAACACGUCCUCGUGGCGGACAUCACCGAGUACUGGGACAUCUUGCCCCAGCUCAAUCUCUCGAAGUGGCCAGUGGCCUUUCAUUUCCGUGACGGAAAAGUUCAAGGGUUCGCACCUCCGGAUGCCGUGUAUCUCCAGCAGUUCCUCGAUAAUAACGUCGACUUACCGUGGCACUCGCUGAUUGAUGACGUUGAAUUAAUGGCGGAUGCCGGUACUGGCUAUGGCAUCCACGUGGACCACGGUUCCGUCCAAAGCGACGACGACGACGCCGCCUAUGACGCCGCCGUAACUCUGAUAGCAUUGUAG